AGAACACUUCAAACAGUGUGUUUUUCUUUCAGUUGGAUUACAAGGUUGGCUGGAAGAAACUGAAGGAAGUGUUCAGCAUGGCUGGGGUGGUUGUUCGAGCUGACAUACUAGAAGACAAAGAUGGCAAAAGUCGUGGAAUUGGCACUGUUACUUUUGAACAAUCUAUUGAAGCUGUUCAGGCUAUAUCAAUGUUCAAUGGGCAGCUGCUUUUUGACAGACCAAUGCAUGUAAAAAUGGAUGAGCGAGCCUUUCCAAAGGGAGACUUCUUCCCUCCAGAACGACCCCAACAGCUUCCUCAUGGGCUUGGUGGCAUUGGCAUGGGAUUAGGACCAGGAGGACAGCCUAUUGAUGCAAAUCAUUUAAACAAAGGCAUGGUAAUGCCCAACAUGGGACCUGGAGGAAUGGGAAUGGAAGGCAUGGGCUUUGGAAUAAAUAAAAUGGGAGGAAUGGAGGGUCCUUUUGGUGGCAUAGACAACCUGGGUCGUUUUCCAUCUGGAAUGAAUAUGGGCAGAAUGAGUGAGAUGGAUCGUGCAAUGGGUGGAGGAUUUGACAGAGACUUUGGAAGAAAUGAGAUGGGAAUGUCUCGUAGUUUUGGAGACACCCUGGAUAGGGGAAUAGGUGGAAGUGCCAGCAUUCCUGGAAUUGAGAGGAUGGCACCCGGCAUUGAUCGUCUGGGUGCGGGAAUAGAAAGAAUACCUUCUGGGAUGGGACAUGGGAUGGAGAGAGUAGGAUCUGAAAUAGAUAGAAUGGGUCUUGUUUUGGAUCGCAUGGGUUCUAAUGUAGAUCGAAUGGCCCCAGGAAUUGAUCGAAUGGCCCCUCUGGGCAUAGACCACAUAGCUUCUAGCAUUGACAGAAUGGGCCCAACCAUUGAGCGAAUGGGUUCUGGUAUAGAAAGAAUGGGUUCUGGAAUAGGUUUUGGUAUUGAUAGAAUGGGUACUGCUAUUGAUCGUGUUAGUACAACUAUGGACAGAAUGGGCUCAGGAGUAGAUCGCAUGGGUUCUGGCAUGGAUAGGAUGGGUCUAAGUAUGGAUCGUAUGGUACCUGCUGGAAUGGGAACUGGAAUGGGUCAAGUUAUAGAUAGAAUGCCAACUGGACUAGAUCGCAUGGGGGCCACUAGUAUGGACAGAAUGGGAUUGGAUCGCAUGGGGGCCACUAGUAUGGACAGAAUGGGAUUGGAUCGCAUGGGGGCCACUAGUAUGGACAGAAUGGGGCCUACCAUGGGGCAGGGAAUGGGGGCAGGUAUAGAUCGGAUGGGACUUGCAAUGGGAAGCAGUUUUGAAAGAACAAUGGACAUGGAUCGUGGAAACUUCGCAGGCAGUUUUGCAGGCACUCUUGGAGGAACUGGAGGACCUGCAGCUGGGGUGGCGAGAAAAGCCUGCCAGAUAUUUGUGAGAAAUCUUCCUUUUGAUUUCACAUGGAAAAUGUUGAAGGACAAAUUUAAUGAGUGUGGUCACGUGCUGUACGCAGACAUCAAGAUGGAGAAUGGGAAGUCCAAAGGUUGUGGUGUCGUUAGAUUUGAGUCCCCAGAAGUGGCUGAGAGAGCUUGCCGGAUGAUGAAUGGGAUACAGCUUCGUGGCAGGGAAAUUGAUGUGCGAAUUGAUAGAAAUGCUUAAAUUAGUUGCAUUUUUAAACACUGAUAUCAGAUCUUUUGAAUUUGUAUUUUUCUUGUUAACCAUUUUAAUUUGACUGGAUGUGAAGACAUUACAAAAAUUCAGUUGCUUUCUGGAGUAAUUUUAAUUACUUUUUUUAACAAAUGGAUUUCCAUUUUACUGUUUUGCAUUGAAACUGCAAUGUGCAUAAUCUUUUUUGUAGUUGUGGCAUCUUGUUGACAUUACAGAUGUAUAUGGUAUGACUUUGAUAAUAAAUGCCAGUUACUGAAAGCUUUCAAUCA